AUGAGGCGAAGCGUCGAGGGAUGUUCCGAGUUGAAAAAGCUCUUCGCUCUUCACAUCUGUCUCAUUCCAGAUGCAUCUCCCGCUGCUUCGCGACUCGCCGUUUCCCAGGAAGUUCUCUCCGGAGGCAGCGUGCAGGCCUGGUCCGAUUACCUCAGCGUGCGCUUGCACCCCAAGAGCGUCUAUGUCAUCCGUCAGUACAUGCACGAUGGAGACUGUGGGUGUCUGGAAGCCUUUGGACAAGGUGAAAGUCUCCUGCAGGAUCCCAGCUGUAUAGAGGAGCUGGAAGAUCGGCUGCACUUUUAUGUUGAAGAGUGUGAUUAUCUCCAGGGGUUUCAGGUCCUCUGUGAUCUACACAAUGGAUUCUCAGGAGUUGGUGCCAAAGUGACGGAACUGCUCUGCGAUGAGUAUUCAGGAAAAGGAAUCCUGACCUGGGGCUUGACUCCGGUCACGAGUAACGGGGGAGACUCCCAGAAGAACGUUUACAGAGUGAUGAACACAGCCCUGGGAAUUGCCCGUCUCUCCAGUCACAGUUCGCUCUUUUGCCCCCUCUCGCUCCGUGGGGCUCUGGGACUCAAGCCACAGCCCCCCGUUACAUUUCCCUAUAUAAACUAUGACGCAUCACUGAACUACCACAGCAGCGCGAUUUUGGCAGCAGCGCUGGAUGCCCUUACGGCGCCGUACCGCCUCUCCUCCUCUCAGGGCUCCAUGAUGCACCUCGCUGAAACACUCACCUUCGGCGGGAGAAAGGUGGUGGCUGCGUGGGCUUCUCUUCCCUUCCCCGCCCUGCGCGGCUCUUCGCUCCCCGAUACUUUACGUGCCUACCCGCAGGCCCUGCCCUGGAAGCUUUUGUCUCCGUGCGGGGAGCGAAAGGUCGGCUGCUGUUUUGCUCAGUCUGUUGUGUUACGAGGAAUUCGCAAAGAAAGUCACGUCAGCAGCUGUCCAGGAGAGCCGCCCACCGCUCCCCUCCACGCUUGCGAGAGCACGGAGCAGACUCUGCAGCGUUACUUACACACUCUCUUUCCUGGGGCAUUCAGCACAUCCCACGUGCUCGAGCAGCCGUGUCAUACUCUACCUCCGUACCCCCAGUUUUUUUCUCCUCUUCUGACCAGACAAGGCUUCCUCCUGGACAAACCUCCCCGUUACUCCUCAACAGCUGUUGAAAGCGUGCCUGUUCUGGCAGCUCUGCAGUCAUCGCCACUUCUGCACACGCUCCUCUACGGUUUGUACAAGGAUGUACAGAAGCUGAACACGCGGCGCUGGGCCAGCUUCUUCUCCGCCGGAGUUGAACAGGAUGACUUCCAGGAGGCCUUAGAGGAGCUAAGAACUCUGUCCCAGUGCUAUGAAAUGGGGUUUGAAGCAGAUGAAUCUGAAGAUGAAGCAGAUUCAGACUAA